UCUCUCCCUCUCCUCAGGUCCCCUCCUGGCCUGCUGCCCACCACACACACUCCUUCUUCUAACACACACUCUUUACCUCACCUCAACCAGAGCUCUGUGUUAUCACUACCACUCCACACACACACUUUUACCUCACCAUGCUGGGACAGGAGUUCCUGCGGAAGCUGAAGAUGCCAGAUCUGGAUGAUGUCAGCCAGUACAUCCAGAGCGUCUCCACCCCAGUGCUGGUCAGCGUGGGGGCGGUGGCUGCCGCGACAACAUACUACCUGGCAACCCGGCCCAAAGCCCUCCCGCCAGUGUGCGACCUCCGCAUGCAGUCCGUGGAGGUUCAGGGUGGAGAGUUGGCACGCCGAUCGGUGCUGCUGAAAGGAGACGCUAACAUCACACACUUCUACGAUGACGCCACAACAAUGUACGAGUGCUUCCUCAGAGGCGUCAGAGUCUCCA